AUGCUGGACGCGCAAGUUGAUGAGGCGGAGCUCAACACCGUCAACUACGACGGACUGACCAUCACGGAGGAAUCAGGCGAUGCAGCGGCAAGUGAAAAGAACAAGCUUGUGACAAAUGGAAAACAGAAAAGUCUAACUAAAGAUGAAAUUGUGGCAAAUUGCCUCAUCUUUUUCAUUGGAGGUUUUGAGACGACUCAAAGCACCAUUUCACACUGCCUGUUUGAGCUAGCCCGUUAUCCUGACAUUCAAGAGCAGCUGUACGGUGACUUGAAGAGAGCACUGGACAAGUUUGCUAGUGAUGAGGGCAGCGAUGAGUACUAUGAAACGAUCAUGAACUCCAUUCCACUGCUGGAAGCAGUCAUCAAAGAGACCCUGCGCCUCUACCCACCAAUCUCUAUGAUGAGUCGAAUUUGCAAUACUGAUGGUUAUCGACUGGGAAGUCUGGUCCUUCAAAAGAAUGACAUUGUGUCCAUUCCGACAUGUGCCAUUCACCAAAAUCCCGAGUUUUACCCUGAUCCGUUCAAGUUUAAGCCUUCUAG